CUUCCGUUACGACUCAAAACUAAGCCUAUUAUUGAUUUACGCCACCUCUCGCGUACGAGCACGAAGGUGUCCUGACAAACUGUGACAAGCUUUGGAGAGAGCACGCGACAAGUCAUGAUGGGACAGUUCAAUACUAUUCCUUCAAGUCCUCGCGUGAUGUUCGAUGAAGAGGGCGACAAUGGCUUGGUGCUCUGUGAUAAGUACCUGCCGGUCGAAAUUCUGAUAGAGAUCUUUUGCUAUGCCGACUGCAAGACUCUGAUGAAUUGCCAGUUGGUGUGUAAACGCUGGAAGAUGUUGAUGAAUUACGCCUGGCAUAAAAAGACCGAGCAGACGCUAGCCAAACCGUUUCCAUGGAGCGACAAAAUCCCCUGGUCCGUAUUCUAUUUCGCAUGCACUAAGAAGCCAUAUGAGAGGAACUUGCUGAGAAAUCAUUCCGGUGCAGAAGGCAUGCUUCAUUGGGACUUGGGUUCGAAUGGCGGUGAUCACUGGAGGAUUGAGGAGCCUCCUGUUGGCGUACCAGAACUGCCGCAAACCGAACUAAUGUUUAAAGAUAGACAAAUCUGUUUCACGACGUCCUAUCAACGUUGUUCCAAAAUGCAAGAUAUCUAUCUGACAAAUGAAGGGAUUCAUCCAUAUAUCCUGGAUACUUAUCAACCACCUAUAAUGGUAAGCGAAUGGUACAGCUGUCGAUGGGACUGUCCAGCAAAAUAUCAAUUGGAAGUUAAAUUAAUUGGUGUUGACGAAGACCAAAUGGAUAAGUUUAAAUUUGAAGAUAUUCUAGAAGGAGAGAAACAGAAUAGAUGGCUGCAAGUUUCACACGUAUUUGAAAACUAUGGAACUGGUCUCAGAGUUAUCUCCUUUGAGCACAGUGGGAGAGACAGAUUGUAUUGGGCAGGACAUUAUGGUAGUAAAAUGGCUGGAGCAUGUGUUUCUGUGAAAAUUCCUGAGAAUAUUUGCACUUGCACUUGUAAAUAAAUAUAAUUACAACAGGUAUUACCAAAGACAGAGAGGUCAAACUAGACAAGUUAGUUUAUGAGGGAUUUUCCCUCUGCUUUUUUAAUAAAAAGUUUUAUGUGAUAAAAAAAUCAUUGAUUUCAAUGAAAUAAAA